AUUUACUCGUGAGUCGAAGUGUGCGUAUGCUAUUGUCCAGGCUAACGUGGCAGGCCAGGUUUCUAACUCGUCUUCUGUGUAAUAAGAUGGCCAGCAAGGGAUGGCACAAUGAGGACAACAAGUUGGACACCUUCCGUCGCAUCUGUGAUGAAAUUGCCGGCGAGUCAAGUUACCUGAAGAAAGCGGAGAAUCUGCAGCGAUUCUUCGAAAAGGGGAGCAGCGGCAAGGGCUUCAAGGGCGACACCCUGCUCUGGGUGCAGUUCCUCAUUCCGGCGGCCAACCAGCGCGUCUACAAUCUCCAGAACAAGGCGCUGAUCAAACUCUUUUCGCGCAUUUUUAAUGCUGACCAACAGCAAAUGCAUCUGGAUCUAGAGCAGGAUGGAGACGUUUCGGAAACUCUACGCAAGCACUUUGCUGCUUCUAAGAAACUCAAGCCACAGGCGCAGAGCAAACUCUAUCUGCAGGAGGUGGAGGAGAUGCUCCUGAAGCUGGUGGAGCGUACCAAGGAGGAUGAGCAAACAGAUCUGCUACAGAAGUUGUGCUCGAAGGCCACUGACCUGGAUCUGCGCACAUUUAUUCGCUUGGUGAAGCACGACUUAAGAAUCAAUGCCCGGGCCCGGCAUAUCCUGGAUGCCUUUGGUCCUGAUGCCUACCCCACAUAUCAGUCUUCCCGCGAUUUGGUGGCAAUUGUCGGACAGUUUGCCGGCAAAGAAAAUAAGAAGGACGCCAGUAGUGCCGUCAGGAAGGCUAAAAAAACGAACUCGAGUGGAAUUCAGGUAAUGACACCCAUAUCGCCCAUGUUGGCCAGUCCCUGCAAGUCGGUGGAGGAGGCCUUCAAGAAGAGCCCCACUGGACUAUAUAGCGAGAUCAAAUACGAUGGAGAGCGAGUUCAAAUCCACAAGCAGGGCAACGACUUCAAGUUCUUUAGCCGCAAUCUAAAGCCUGUGGUGGAUCACAAGAUACGGGAUCUGAAAAAAUAUAUUCCGCAAGCCUUUCCUGGCGGUGGCGAAAUGAUACUGGACUCUGAGAUCAUUCUGGUCGACACUGACACGGGAGCACUGCUGCCCUUUGGUUCGUUGGGUGCCCAUAAGAAGCAGACUUUCGCCAAUGCCGCGGUAUGCUUAUUCGUCUUCGAUUGCAUACUGUACGAUGGCGAGGAUUUGACCCAGCUGCCAUUUCGCAAGCGUCGCAAGAUCCUUGAGCAGAAUAUUCAACCCAUUAGAUCCCACGUGCAGCUGUCGGAGUCGGAGUUCCUCAAGACCACGAGGGAACUGGCCACGAUGACGGCUAGGGUGUUACACGCCAAUCUGGAGGGUGUGGUCCUGAAGAGUCCAACCAGCACAUACCAGCCCGGCAAAAGGAACUGGCUUAAGGUCAAGAAGGAUUACCUAUUCGACGGAAAGAUGGCUGACACCGCGGAUUUGGUUGUUUUGGGCGCUUGGUACGGAUCAGGGAAGAAAGGUGGCACGCUUAGUAUUUUCCUCAUGGGCUGUUACGAUGCGUUUGGGCGUUUGUGGAAGACAGUGACCAAAGUGCACUCUGGCUUGGAUGAUGCUACCAAUGCAAAGGUACAUGAAUCACUGAUCAAACUAACCGAACGUGCUGAUGCGAACGCAAUUCCCAGUUGGCUGUUGUGCAGUAAGUCCCUUGUACCAGAUGUACUGGCCAAGGAUCCGAUGAAAAUGCCAGUAUGGGAGAUUACUGGCGCAGAGUUCACCAAGUCCGAUGCGCAUACCGCGUCAGGAAUCUCAAUACGAUUUCCCAGGAUUACUCGUCGUCGCAGUGAUAAAUCAGCCAAAGAGGCCAAUGAUCUGGCCCACUUAGAAGAUCUUUUCGAGGCCUCAAAAUCGAAUGUAAAUGUUGAUUUACUUCUGGACAAUUGUAGUAAGGAUGAGAAAGUAAUUGAUAACAAAACAACUCCUGAAAAAGAGAAAAAACUCAAUGGUAAUCAAAAGAAACUGAAAAGGUCCAAUACUACUGCUUCAGAUGACGAAGACGGAGCUCCUGUGCCCAGCAAACGCAAGGAGUCCAAAGCGAUUCGAAGCUUGUCGCCUUCGCAAAAGGGUUUAAAGGAUUUUUUUAAGCCCAGCAAGGAGCUUAAAUCAGUUGUGAAAAAGGAACCAAAGGAGGAGGAAAGCGUUACUCAAUCCACUAGCUCGGAAGGCAAGUUGUUCGAAGGAUUGGUGGCGCACUUUGCCAUGGAGAAGGAUUCAAGCAAACUGAUGCAGCAGUUUUCACAGCAUGGAGGAUGCUGUACAACGGAAACACGAAAAGCUGAUCUGGUCUUUUAUACAAGUACGAACGAGCCAUUGGACCUAGAGAAGCUUAGAACGCUGUAUCGUCGUAGCUGCCAGCACUUGAAUGUAACGUGGCUCCAAAUCUCUCUCGAUACUCAGAGUCGUCAGCCAUAUCCCCUAUACGCCGUGAUGAUGAAAUGAUGAGUGAUAUUUUAAAUCAUUUGCACUCAGAAAUUUGUACAUGCUUGAUUAAACCGAACAUACAUAUGUGUGUAUUAUAGA